UAGAAUAGAGGAGUGGGCGCCGUGUGUUGAUAUGGCGGCCGGAGAUGUCCCAAAAUGUCCGGAUUGCCAAAGAAAACAAACCCUGUCUCCGGUACCCGAAUCAGGACAACCCCUGAUCGAGAGCAAACAAUGCCAUUCCUGUAGAAAGCUUCAGAAAACAUUUGUGGAACUCCCGGUACGGCCGUUAUUCGCACGAAGUGUAUCUUGCCCCGCCGGCUCUAAUGUUGUGUCCUACGAGCAAAACGAUGAAGUAUUGAGUGCCUUACAGACUGAGGAGGAGGAUAAAGACAGUUCUGCAGGUGUCACCAAAGUCGACUUUGGGGCCAAUUUCGAUAGUGAAUCGUUGCCAAGGCAACCUGCUUGGCGAACUGUCGGCAAAAAAAUAAUUGUUUUUGUACCGAUAGGACUGUUUUUGGUGGUAAUUGUUUUGAUUUGCGUAGUAUUUUUGGGACGCAGAACCACUGGCGAGGGACCCACCUAUAAUAUCCUGAGCCCUAUGAACCAUGGCCUCACCAGGAAUGUAACAGAUUCUCCCCAUCAUGUACAUUGUACGUCACACAGUUCAUUUCUUGUUGACGUCUCCAAACCUGAGGUCCCCGACAACCAGCCUACCAAUGUAUAUUUUAGACUUGUGAACUCGUCAGAUAACAGCGUUAGUCUUUCCGGGGAUGGACAGACCAUCCAUUUCAACAAACCAGGCCUAUACGACAUAGAUGUAGAUUUUAUAAUGGACACCUACUCCCUUGACAGCGUCUCUAUUGAGCGGUCAUAUCACCAGACUCUCUGUCUGAACAUCACCGGAAGACCCCCGGUCUGUCGGCCUCUGAUCAUGCGCGAGUGGAUGAGACUGCCCCUGAGUGUUAAUGCUGAAGUUCGCGUGCACAAAGGUCAGAGGGUAUCCGUAUUUGUGAAGAACCAUAAACUCUUGUUUCCGGAUCCAAACGAAAACAAGUUGUCAAUAGUAAAGAGAUAUUGUUAAAUCAGGAAAGAAUCCAACUAAGACUUUGUCAGGGAAUAUGUUGCAAAGUAAAAAGUUAAGGAACUGAGGUUUUACAUGGUAUUUCAUUGCUCAACAAAAAUCCGCCACCCUAUUGAAUUCUGUGAUAACAUUAACUAGUGCCGUGACAUAGAAGCCAUGAAGUGACAGUUUCUGUUCUGUUAUACAAUAAUAAUUGUCUUUUUCAUUAUACAGUGACAGUUUUCUGUUGUGUUGUAAAGUGACAUACCUGUUCUGUUGUACAAUGACAAUUUACUUUCUAUUCUGUUGAAUAGUGACAACUGUGUGCUGGCACACUAAUACGUUUUAUUAAUGAGUAUAUUUUUAGCAUAUUUUUCAGUAUUAAUGCAGUUGUUGCAUUAGAUAGCAUUAAAAUGCUCUCUGGACAGUUAGUCUUUUGUGUGGACAGUAAAUGCAGAUCACUUUUUAAAAAAACAACCUGAUGUAAAGGUGCAAAGACUGUUAUAAUGGCUCUCUCACAAAAAAUUAUUCGCGUUAAUCUGUUUCAAAGUUUAUAUUGACAUCAUGAUAUUGUUAAAAUUGCCAAAGAUAUUUUAGAGUAUUUUUUCAGAAAAAAAU